GCCAUCCCCAGCUGAAGGAGUCAAGUCCAACCCGUCCAAGAGACACAGGGACCGCCUGAAUGCAGAGCUGGACCGCCUGGCAAGCCUUCUGCCUUUCCCUCAAGAUGUUAUUGCCAAACUGGAUAAGCUGUCUGUGCUUAGGCUUAGCGUCAGCUACCUGCGAGCCAAAAGUUUUUUUGAUGUUGCAUUAAAAUCUAACUCUACAAGACCAGAAAUAAAUGGCAUUCAGGAAAACUGUAGAACAGCAAAAUGUGGAGAAGGGAUGCAGAUCCUGGAAGGAGAACUCCUAUUGCAGGCGUUAAAUGGUUUUGUAUUAGUUGUUACAGCUGAUGCCCUGGUUUUUUACGUCUCUUCUACUAUCCAAGACUACUUGGGUUUCCAACAAUCUGAUAUUAUACACCAGAGUGUAUUUGAAUUGAUUCAUACGGAAGACAGACCUGAGUUUCAACGACAAUUACAUUGGGCAUUAAAUCCUGCCCAGUCUGCAGAUUCUGGACCAAGCGUACAAGGAGAUAAUGGCUUUUCACAGCCAGCAACCUAUUAUAACCCAGACCAACUUCCUCCAGAGAAUUCUUCCUUUAUGGAAAGGAAUUUCAUCUGCAGGUUACGAUGCCUGCUGGAUAAUUCAUCUGGGUUCCUGGCUAUGAAUUUUCAAGGACGACUAAAGUUUCUCCAUGGACAAAACAAGAAAGGGAAGGAUGGUGCUACUUUGUCUCCUCAGCUAGCUCUGUUUGCAGUAGCUACACCUCUUCAGCCACCAUCUAUCCUUGAGAUACGAACCAAAAACUUCAUCUUCAGAACUAAACACAAGCUGGAUUUCACACCUACUGGCUGUGAUGCAAAAGGAAAGAUUGUCCUAGGAUACACUGAAGCAGAGCUGUGUAUGAGAGGAACAGGAUACCAGUUUAUUCAUGCAGCUGACAUGCUUUAUUGUGCUGAGAAUCAUGUCCGCAUGAUGAAGACAGGUGAGAGUGGAAUGACUGUAUUUAGGCUUCUAACCAAAGAAAACCGAUGGGCCUGGGUACAGGCAAAUGCACGACUUGUCUACAAAAAUGGAAGACCAGAUUACAUCAUUGCCACACAGAGACCUCUCACAGAUGAAGAAGGAGCAGAACACCUACGGAAACGUAAUAUGAAGUUGCCCUUCAUGUUUGCCACUGGUGAAGCUGUCUUAUAUGAGGUAUCUUUCCCGAUGUCAAGCCUUAUGGAUCCCUCCCAGCUGAAGAAUAAAAGCACGACAGGAAAAGGAGCCAAAGCAACGCUACCCAAUGAUUCAGUGGAUCCAAACUCUCUCCUAGGUGCCAUGUUAAGGCAAGAUGAGUCUGUGUAUCUCUGUCCCCCAGCAUCACAUAAACUUUCCUUUGAGCGGAACUUCUUUGCAGACAGCAGGGAUGAACUGGGUGAUGUUCUUGGCAGCAGCUGGACAGAUAAUCUCCUACCUGCUGGAAAUCACAACGUUCUCAAAAGGGAGCUAAUGGAGUGUUCCCAGGACAGUACUGUUCCUCUUCCUGAAGACAGUGCAGCACUCUUUCAAGAUAACAAAACCAGUGAUUUGUACAGCAUCAUGAAAAACCUGGGUAUUGACUUUGAAGAUCUAAAGUGUAUUCGGCAGGAUGAGGAGUUUUUUAAAACUGAAUUAUCUGGUAUGGAUGAUAUUGGGGACAUCGACAUAACUGAUGAAAUUCUGACUUACGUUCAGGAUUCCUUAAAUAAGUCUGACUUCUUAUAUUCAGGCUGUAACCAGCAGCAGCCCCUGGUCCAGCAUGAAGGUUGCUUGGUACAGCAAGAGUUAGAUCCACAUCAGCUCCAUCAGCACCAGAAACAGCUCAUGGAGCAGCAGCAACAGCAACAGCAGCUCUGUCAAAAGAUGAGACAUAUGCAAGUGAAUGGGAUGUUCACAGAUUGGAGCUCUGACACCAGCAUGCCUCUUAGCUGCUCGCAGCAGCUGCCUCAGCAAUAUGUAUUCCCUGGCAUGCAUGCCACUGCAUCUGAGUUCUCUUACAAAUCAGAAGUAAACUCUUCCCCUUAUGCAUGUAGGCAAGAGUUUAUUCCUUACAAGCAGCCCACAGCAAUGAUGCCACAGCUCUCUAAUUUUGCUCAAAUGGAUUUCCCUGUAGCAGGUUUUGACAGGUCAACCUAUUCUGCUUCUUCCAACUUGGAGGAUUUUCUGAGUUGUUUGCAGCAAGUCCCUGAAAAUCAUGAGUGUGGGACAAGCUCAGAGUCAGUUAUGGUAACUCCUCAGACAUGUUAUGCAGGUGCUGUUUCUAUGUACCAGUGCACACAGGAAGCCCAACCCAGCUGUGUGGAUCAAAUGCAAUAUGAUCCUGUGAUGUCAAGUCAACAAACAUUGUCGAACAAGUUCCAAAACAGUUUCAAUGGAGGAAAUGUAAAUGAAGCAUACCCCUCUCAGUUAGAUGUGAUCAGUAAUGCACAGACUGCCACACAUCUUCAGCCUCUUCAUCAUCCAACAGAACCCAGAUCCUUCUCAGAUUUGGCAUCUAGUGGAUUUAUGUGAUUCGGAUCCAGAGCUCCAUCUGUGAUUUUGUCUGGGCGUCAGGCUGUGCUGAGGAAGAGCUUGAUAAAUCUAUCUCUGAGCAUUGGACUUGAACAGCUAAACUGUGUUUUGAGAGUAUGAGGUUGGUUGCACUAUAUACUGGUGGAUAUGUAAUCCAAGACCUGGCUUUUGAGGGUGACAGGUGGAAUUAAAACUUCUGACUAAAAGUAUACAUGUACUGUUUUGUGUCAGAUUGACUGUGUUGUUGCAGUAUGGAUUUCAAACGUACUACAGACUAUGUCACGUUAUACAACAUAAGAUAAGGCAAAUGGUUUUGUUGUUUAGGAAAUAAUGGGGCACUUUACAAAUAGCAUCAAUGGCACAAGGAAGAUGAUUUCACAUGUGGAUUAUUUCCAGAAUUUAU